UAUCUUACAAUGCCAUUGUGGGAAGGUACAGAUGCUACCCUGUAAAUUUUAGACCUUCUCCACCAGGCACCAAUUUAGACUUUCUACCGCAGCAUCAUCAGCCGCUGCACCUCGCCCUUUCAUGCAGGUUAGAGACAGCCACAUAUCCUCAGGCUAGAUACUAUAAUUAUAUCCCACCCAACGAUACAUUCAUUGCCAGCGGCCACUCCAUCCAAUCACGUGACUACAGCUGGACACCUCCAACAGCACCGUUAACAAUAGCAACAUCCAACUCACCUCCCCACCACUACCAGCACCAGUCCAGCACCGAAAGGCAAACCACGCCCAAUUCCGCCCAAAAUGCCCGUCUACCUGAUCUCCAAACUCGCAGACCCCCUCUUCGCCCUAUCCAUCGGUACCUCGGCCGCCCUCCUCCGGAUCCAACGAGACCAGCGCGAGAAGGUCCCCGACCGGGCCAAGGAAGUCACGAUCGGGAGUGUAGUGAGCUUGGGUGCGAGUAGGGUGCGGAGAUGGUGGGCGGGGGAUUUUGAGGGGUUGUGAAACCUCUGCUAUUGAUAGAACAUAAGGGGUGUGUGGUUAUGGGGAUUACUUUGUCGUGGAUGAUGAUGGUGGGUUGAUUAUAACAAGGGUUGAUUGGGGUGUGUAUUGUGAGGAGGGACGUAUGGGUGUAUACUGAAUGAUAGGGUUAUGGGCUUAGGGCGUUUAUGGGGAUAUCCAUGGGUACAUAGUGUAUUAUAUGAUGAUAUUGGUGCUCGGAGAGAGCAUAUCGCUAUGAUUUAUGGGUGAUUGGGUACAGCUUGUGUGGAUUGUUCAUGAGGGGUGGACUUGAAGCUCGCUGCUCUGCCUGUCAAAAUGCUGGUCAGGCCGAACCCAAACAUAAUUCUGAUCAGAAAAGAUGAUUCGAUGAGAGAUUAC